AUGAUGAAGGUUUAUCUCACGUUCUCUUUUCUUCUGGCGGUUCUGCUUGUUGCUCAAGCACAUGGAAAAGAAAAGGAGAUAGGGUUCUAUCAGCUCAAGAGAGGAAAUUUGAAGAUGAACUUGACCAAUUAUGGUGCAACAGUGGUCUCCGUCAUAGUUCCUGAUAAACAUGGAAAUUUAGAUGACAUUACUCUCGGCUACGAUGACAUCGAGCAAUACAAGAAUGAUUCAUGGUACUUUGGAGCACUUAUCGGACGUGUGGCAAAUAGAAUCGGACAUGCUCGGUUUACAUUGCACAACCAUACGUAUAACCUACCUGCUAAUGAUCACGGAAACACACUCCACGGUGGUUUCACAGGGUUCGGUGAUGUUAUAUGGACAGUGAAAGCCCACAAGGAAGACAGUUACAUAACAUUUACCUAUGACAGUCAAGACAACGAAGAAGGGUUCCCCGGAAGAGUUGAAGUAGCAGUGACAUACAUGCUCCUCGGCAGAAACAAAUAUGUCGUGAAAAUGAUUGCGAAGCCAGUAGACAAACCCACACCAGUGAACCUGGCACAACACACAUACUGGAAUUUGGGAGGCCAAAAGAGUGGUGACAUUCUGUCACACGAAGUUCAAAUUUUUGGCUCAAAGAUCACUGCAGUGGACAACAACCUGAUCCCUACCGGAAAAUUAGAAUCUGUGAAGGGCACCCCUUAUGAUUUUCUUGAACCGAGGACGGUUGGAAGCAGAGUGAACGAGGUUCCUGGUUUGUAUGACAUUAACUACGUGCUGGAUGGAAAUAGUUCUAGGCACUUGCAGAGGGUGGCGACGGUGAGAGAAAAUGUGUCUGGGAGGAAACUGGAGUUGUGGUCAAACCAAGUUGGUGUGCAGUUUUAUACGAGUGGCAUGUUGAAUGCUACGAAGGGUAAAGAUGGUGCUGUUUAUGAUAGGUAUGGUGGCAUUGCUUUGGAGACACAGGGUUUACCUGAUUCUGUGAAUCAUCCAGAUUUUCCAUCACAGAUUGUUCAUCCUGGUCACACCUACAAGCACUACAUGGUUUACAGAUUCACAGCUUGCUGCUAA